AUGGGCGCACAUUGCAUGAAUGGUGUUGACUGGUACGGUCCCAUCCCAGAUGGAGUCAUACCCGCAACGGAGAAUCAAAGCUCAGUUUCAUCAGGAACAAUCCAGAAGAGACAAGCCAUUUUGUGUUCACCGAGCAGGCGCCGACGCCGGACAGAAGUUCCCUUGCCAGCCAUCAUGUUCAACAAGACGCUUUGUCCUUUGUCUUUUGGCCCCCCUGGUACGGGUAGCCAUAGGGCUGGAGGCGUUGGUGCUGCGUAUCUUACACCCGUCUCAUCUCGGUAUGCAUUCCAUCAAAGCCUGUCUCGACAAUAUCAGAUCGACAAUACAGGCCACGGACAUUAUACCUGUUUCUGCUUCUCAAUUUCCUUCUCGGUACCUUGCUUCAAUUGCCACUGGUCCUCCCCGCCUUCCCCUGUGUCGUUCCGUGCCUCCCAAACGGGAUGCAGCCGCCUGGUUUGA